AUGACAGAUAUUGACGAUUUCAACGUUGACGUGGUCAGAAGAACUGUUCAUGAAAUUUAUGACAAAGGUGAAUAUCCAACAUCUCAAAAAAUUUGUGAAUCCAUGAGGAAAAAAAUUAACUUUGAAGGAUCAAAGUCAUCAGUACAGAGGAUUUUGCGCUCCUUGAACUUCAAAUACAAAAAGUGUUGCAAUGGACGUAAAUUUUUAAUGGAACGGAACGAUAUCGUGGCACUCCGAAACACAUUUUUGAGAAAAAUGUGUAAUUUACGUUCCAGUGGUGACACGAGACCUGUCAUUUAUUUAGAUGAGACUUGGGUGAACCAGAACCAUUUAAGAAACCAUAUUUGGCAAAACGAUAUGGAUAGCGAAGGAUUUAAAGUGCCAACCGGUAAAGGCGGUCGUCUGAUUGUAUGCCAUGCUGGAGCAGCUAAAUUUGGAUUCAUAUGUGGUUCAAAAUUAAUUUUCCGGAGUAAAAAUGACGGUGACUACCACUCACAGAUGAAUAGUCAAAUAUUUCAUGACUGGUUUCAAAAUAUGCUGCAACUAUUGGACGAGCCAUGUGUCAUUGUUAUGGAUAAUGCACCAUAUCACAGCGUACUAGUGGAGAAUGUGCCGAAAUCAAAUACAAAAAAAUCCGAUGUUCAAAAGUGGCUAUCCGAAAAAGGUAUCGAUUUUUCUCCUACAGAAACCUUGGCGGAACUAAGAGAAAAAGUAAAAAUGGCAAAACCGCGUGAAAAACGAUAUCAGUUGGACGAGUUGGCAUAUCAAAUGGGGCAUGAAGUGAUCAGACUUCCGCCUUAUCACUGCCAAUACAACCCGAUUGAACUAAUUUGGGCGCAGGUAAAAGGUGAAGUUGCAACCAAAAAUACAACAUUUAAAAUAGCCGACGUCGAAAAACUUAUGCACGAAGCCAUAGAUGCAGUUACCACAGAAAAUUGGGAAAAAUGUGUAAGACACGCAAAACAACUACAAAAUAAAGAUUUUGAAAAAGAAGGAUUCAGAGAUUGCAUAUUGGAACCCAUCAUUUUAACAAUCGACCCCAACGACAGCGAUUGUAGCAGCAGUGAAGACGAAGACUACCUUUGA